UUCACCUUCGGAAGGAAAUAAUCGUGCACUUCCGCUACACUCUCGGCGAAACGCAAAUUCAUACGACGUUGAAUUCUUUUUUUAAAUUUCAUUUUCUCCCCUGUUUUAAGUCCGGCGAGAUGUUUUUGACAAGAUCGGAAUAUGACAGGGGAGUGAACACAUUUUCUCCAGAGGGUAGAUUGUUCCAGGUGGAGUAUGCCAUCGAAGCCAUCAAGCUGGGCUCAACGGCCAUCGGAAUCCAGACAUCUGAGGGGGUGUGCCUGGCCGUAGAGAAGAGGAUAACAUCACCGCUCAUGGAGCCCAGCAGCAUUGAGAAGAUCGUGGAGAUUGACUCUCACAUCGGCUGUGCCAUGAGUGGCUUGAUAGCUGAUGCAAAGACGCUGAUCGACAAAGCGAGAGUGGAGACGCAGAACCAUUGGUUCACCUACAAUGAGACCAUGACAGUGGAGAGCGUCACCCAGGCUGUGUCCAACCUCGCGCUGCAGUUCGGGGAAGAGGACGCUGACCCCGGCGCCAUGAGCCGGCCCUUUGGUGUAGCACUCCUCUUUGGGGGACUGGAUGAGAAAGGUCCCCAGUUGUACCACAUGGACCCAUCCGGCACCUUUGUCCAAUGUGACGCGCGAGCCAUUGGCUCCGCCUCCGAGGGUGCCCAGAGCUCACUGCAGGAAGUGUACCACAAGUCCAUGACGUUAAAAGAAGCAAUGAAGUCCUCCCUCACCAUCCUGAAGCAGGUCAUGGAGGAGAAGCUGAACGCAACGAACAUUGAGCUUGCCACAAUAGAACCAGGGAAGACCUUUCACAUGUACACCAAGGAAGAGCUUGAGGAAGUCAUCAAAGACAUCUGAAUGGUGGUGCCAUAUGAAUCUUCCUGGAGCAGCUGGCUGAAAUAAUUAGCUUCCUCUCAGCAACUUUUUUUUUUUUUUUUUUGUGGCAUAUUCCAGUCCAGAAUGGAGCCAGUUGGUUGUGAUGUUUAUUUUUCCUUUUCCCCUAGUCUUGAAGAUUUUUACAGAUCUGUACAAAACCACAGAACCACAUCAACAGGGAAUUGCUGGGAGCUGGAAGGGUGUUGAGGGGAUUGGGGGGGGGGGGCUUUUGUUACUAUGUCUCGGCUUGACAAUAAAAGCGUUACACCCGGAACAUUGAGAGCUAUGUGUGCGUUUCUGUGGAAAUGUUUAUGGACGUCGCAGUCGAGAUUUGAGCAAAUGAAUGCAUUAGCCUAUUGAGGUUAUAUCUAGGGCCAUUAUGACAUUAAAAAUAAAUCAACUUGCCUGUACAUUCUUCAUGUGACAUUGAAAUGAGUGCUGCUUUCGGCAUGCAUUGGUUUAAUUUGCAAGGGCUUGAAAAUAUGCUCUCCCUUUGUCUGUGCUGUUAGGCAUUAUUUUGCAUUUUUUUAAACUGUUGCUUGGAAACCUAUUAGGACAACAGCUCUGUGAAGUAGACGUUUGUGCUUUCCCUUGUCCAUGCAUACAUGGAUGCAAGCGGAACCACUUGAUUGGCCAUCUGCAUGGGAAGGAACCAAAAUGUCUUGUGUGUAUAUAUAUGUCAACUUAGAUGUUUUUGUCUGGGCUGUGAAUGUGAAAAAUAUGUUUUAAUUUUAAAAGAAGUAUGAGAGUAAUGUCAUUGAUUUGUGUAGGAUCACCACAGUGCUGGAUUUUAAUUAUUAAAGUCACAAUUGCCAGUCAUUAA